AUGGCUCCUUCGCCCUCGGGCUCCGGCUCCCGCAGUGACGGCGGCAGCGGGUCCCCCACGUGUAAGCCUGUCCGCCCCGCCCCGCUCAGGCACUUCCGGGAGUGUGCCCCGCCCCCAUACGUCACUUCCUGUGGGCCGCCCCGCAGCAUCCCGGGAAUUCCCAGCAGCGCCGCGUCGUUGGCGGCCAAGGCCAAGGAGACAGAACGGGAUGGAGGCUUGGUUGGGCAGAAGAUGGCCACGAAGCUCAGCUGCACCCCCUGUCCUGCCCUCCCCGACACCCUGAUCCCACCGGCUCAGCCCCCCUGGAAGCCCCUCACUAUGUUCCCGCUGGCCAGUCCCCUGCUUCAACCUGUUUUUCCUGGAAUGAUGCUGCUUCCAGGGCACAGGGCGGCAGCAGGAGUUUCUGCCCCUGGAAGAGUCGUCUUCAAGGUCCAGGCGGAUGGGCAUCCAGAGGAAGCCCUACACACUCAGACAUUCGUCCUCACCCAGACCACCCUGAACUGCGUCACGCCAGGACCCCACGCUCUCCCAAACCCGGAGGGGAUUCCUCCCCACUUCCCGGCUCCUUCCAAUGUCAAGACCACCAUGCUGCUGGCAAAGGCUCCCCCGGCCCCCCUCCCCCGUUCCGUUCCCCAGAACCAAGCCUGGGCAGCAGAGAGGGGUCCCAGGGGGUGGGGCCUGCCCUCAGGCCCCCCCAACCCCAGGACUGAACUGGGCAACUUGUCCUGCACCUCCAAGGGUGUCUAUGAGAACUUCCGCCGCUGGCAGCACUACAAGAUCCUGGCGCGGAUGUACCUGCCCUGCAGCCCCGACACCGAAGCCCUCGCCUGCUUCCUUAUCCCAGUGCUGCGUUCGCUGGCCCGGCUGAAGCCAACCAUGACCAUAGAGGAGGCUCUGGCCCGGGCUGUGCAGGAGUGGGAGCGAAACAGCAAUUUUGAGCGCAUGAUCUUCUAUGAGAUGGGCGAGAAGUUCAUGGAGUUUGAGGCCGAGGAGGAGAUGCAGAGGAUGCAGCUGUCGGGUGGCUGUCUGUAUCCAAUCCUCCAAGCUUUCCCGAAGGUUGACCCCUCAGGACUUCCGGAUCCUGACGCCUGCCAACAACAAGUUUGCACCCCGCCAAAGGUGGCUUUCCAGAUCCACCACCAGCACCACGCCCACCAGGGGCCCCUGCCCCCGCCUUUACCCCAGGAGAGCCCUCAGGAGGCCGUGACGCAGUGCGCUGACGUCAUGGCGGGCCUGACGGGAGCUCGGCAGGGCACAGCCCUGGGUCAGUGGCAGGAAAAGCCAGAGGAGGCGGAGGAGGCGGAGAAGGUGGAAGUGGAGGAAGUGGAAGAGAUGGCGGAGUCAGAAGAGUCGGAGGAGGGGGCGGAGGAGGCCAAGGAAGAGGUCUAUCUGGACCCUGGACUGUUGCGCUACAUGGAGGAGCUUUGCACCCAGGAUGCCUUUGUCUCCAAGGUGGAGGCUGUGAUCCACCCCCGUUUCCUGGCAGAGGUGCUGUCCCCCGAACUCCAGCGAGACCCUCUGGCCCUGAGUGAGGAGCUGGAGCAGGAGGAGGGGCUGACCCCCGCCCAGCUGGUGCAGAAGCGGUUCCUGGCCCUGCGGGAGGAGGGGGGUGGAGCAGGAGCCCUCCAGCUGCAGGGAGAUGUCCAAUUCCAGCCCCUCCUCUGA